CGCGUGUGAGACCGUUUCAAUAUAUAGACAACAUAUAUAUAACUUUUAGAGAGAGAAACUUGAGAGAGAAAGCAUCACUCUCUCCCUACCCUCUCUCCUCACCUUCUUCCUUUUCUUCAACCUAAUUCACUCCUAAUACGAUACCUCCUAAUUCAUUUUUAUUUUCAAUCUUCAAAACCCUAGAUCUUGAUGGAGCCUCGUGUCGGUAAUAAAUUUCGUCUAGGUCGAAAGAUUGGCAGUGGAUCCUUCGGAGAGAUCUAUUUAGGUACCAACGUUCAGACGAAUGAAGAAGUUGCAAUUAAGCUUGAAAAUGUCAAGACAAAGCAUCCUCAGCUGCUGUAUGAGUCCAAGCUAUACAGAAUUCUACAGGGAGGAACUGGUGUUCCAAAUGUGAGAUGGUUUGGUGUUGAGGGAGACUACAAUGUUCUUGUAAUGGAUUUGCUAGGACCCAGUCUUGAGGAUUUAUUCAAUUUCUGUAGUAGGAAACUUUCCCUAAAAACAGUCCUCAUGCUUGCAGAUCAAAUGAUCAACCGUAUUGAGUUUGUUCAUUCUAAAUCAUUUCUACAUCGAGAUAUCAAGCCAGACAACUUUCUUAUGGGGUUGGGGCGUCGUGCAAAUCAGGUCUACAUCAUUGACUUUGGUCUUGUCAAGAAAUACAGAGACACCACAACUCAUCAACACAUUCCAUACAGAGAGAACAAAAACUUAACUGGGACUGCUAGAUAUGCAAGCAUGAAUACACAUCUUGGGAUUGAACAAAGUAGAAGGGAUGAUUUGGAAUCUCUCGGUUACGUUCUCAUGUAUUUCUUAAGAGGAAGCCUUCCAUGGCAAGGGCUAAAAGCAGGAAACAAGAAACAGAAGUAUGAAAAAAUCAGCGAAAAGAAAGUUUCUACAUCAAUCGAGGCCUUAUGCCGUGGCUACCCGACAGAAUUUGCAUCAUACUUCCAUUACUGUCGUUCUCUACGUUUUGAAGAUAAACCUGAUUAUGCUUAUCUCAAAAGAAUAUUCCGUGACCUCUUUAUUCGUGAAGGGUUUCAGUUUGAUUAUGUUUUUGAUUGGACGAUUUUGAAGUAUCAACAAUCACAAAUUGCAGCUCCUCCUACCCGUGGUCUUGGUUUGGGUGCUGGACCAAGCUCUGGGACACCCCCUGUUAUUCCAAAUGGUGAGGAAAGUUCUCGCCGUAGAAAUCCUGCACAAGUGACAAACUCCGGGAACCUACCGAAGGAGAAGAGUCCAAUUGCUAAUGAUGCGGCCAUCAGCACGGAUGCCAUGAUGUCAAGCGCGGGAUUUGGUGGGCGGGGAGUGGCGAGUGGGUCAAUGAGGCGGGGUAACGAUGUGGACCCCACGGCCAUGGGUGGUCGUUCAAGACAGCAGCGGGGGUCACCACCAGGUGGUUCCUCAACGACAGGCGGGAAGAAGUAUGAAACAACUCUCAAGGGAAUGGAGAGUUUACAUUUUGAUGAUGAGGAAAGGGUAAAAUGAUGAAUGACAAGUGGAAGGAAUUGGGUUUGUUGUAAAUUGUAAACUUAAUAUGAUAUGUCAUAUCUUUCCAUAAAAGAAAGGUGGAACAAACUCAUGAUCGUUUUUGGUGAGUGCCUUUCCUGCCCUUAUCUUCUCUUCUCUUAUAGAAGAAGUAUUUGUUAUAGUUGUUGCUGAUAUAUAUGGUAAUUCGACUGAA